ACUAUUGCGAAUCUACACACUCCGUUCGAAGCUUUACAGUCGAGAGAACACGCCACACAAACAUGAAGCUGAUCGUUUUCGUUGCGUUUGCCUUGGUCGCGGCGGCUGCCGCCCAACAGUACACCACUAAGUACGACAACAUCGAUGUGGACGAGAUCCUCAAGUCGGACCGGCUGUUCAACAACUACUACAAGUGUCUGCUGGACCAGGGCCGCUGCACACCGGACGGCAACGAGCUGAAGCGUAUCCUGCCCGACGCCCUGCAGACGGACUGCGCCAAGUGCAGCGAGAAGCAGCGUAACGGUGCCAUUAAGGUGAUCAACUACCUUAUCCAAAACCGUGCAAGCCAGUGGGAAGUGCUGCAGAAGAAGUACGAUCCGAAUAACCAGUACGUCGAGAAGUACCGCGAUCAGGCCCAGAAAGAGGGCAUCAAGCUGGAUUAAAUCUGCGAGGUGGUGUCCGGAGAACUUUCCAAAAACCAACCAAAACUUGCAACCUCAAACCGAGCUUACAAAAUCCCAGGUUUUCUCCCAGCACCAAGUGGAAGGGUUUUAUGAAUCCUGUUCCGGGAUCCGGAAUCUGUUGCCAUUUGAAACCUCUAUAAAUGUAUGUGUAUUUUCUGUGAAUUAAUGGAGACGCGACUUGCUCCGCCAAAAAGGAAGUGUUAAAAGAGUUCUAUUCAUCGAACGAUUAACUGUUGUGAUACUGUUAUGUUGAGUUUGACGGUGGACCAGAAAAAAAAAAUCCUAGCCCUAUUAUUCAGAGUGCUUUAACUGAUUGUUUACAAUGUUACUUUGAAAAAAAAAACAAAAUUAGGUCAAUAUAAGCGGACAUUUACGGUGAGGAAUGAGACAAGGAAAUAAAAACUUUCCUACAAAAUAAA